AUGUGCUUCAACGUCGUGCAGUGGCUCGGCUGUGAGCUGUACAAAAUAACGUACUUCUCGGAUUACUUCGACGAGCUCUACCGGCCGGCCUGCGUUCUCACCGAGAGAGAUUUGGCUCACGUUUGUCAUCAGUCGAGUGGGGAUCUCAAAGGUUUCAACCCACCCCCUUCGCCAAAAAGGAAUAGACCCAUCAUAGAGAGCCUCGCUUUGUCUGAGGACCUGGAAAACGGCGAAAUCUAUGAAGCGAUGUUGCGAAUGAAAAUCACCCUGGAAGAAGGCACGCAGGACACUGGCUUGAGCAUAUCGCCCAUUUGCUGUGCAUCGAAGAGUUCCAAUCGCGACGAUCGUCCUAUUACUGGCUGUGCAACGCCGUCGACAGAUACUGCCCCGUACAGUGGGAGUACGGAAGGCUCAAUGUUCAUCCAUAAAAACCCUGAGGAUGCCAGCGUGGUUGGUAAUGGUUUCUUGAGAGAGCUCAGUCUGGAUUCUCCGCACGUAGGGAGCGAUGUCGAGAAGACGGUGAAGGAUGCAAAGACGAAGGUUCGUCUCCAGAGGGGAGGCUUCUCCAGCGUGGAUCCGGAUUCGAACCAGGAUAAAUACGGGGAGACGCUCAACGGGACCGGCACGUUGAAGGAAGAUUGCGGGAAGUCCAGAAAUCGCCAGGCGGGGCUCAAAAAGGGACUUCCGCGAUAUUGUGAGUGA